CGACCGGCGCGCGCGUCCUCCCAGGUUCUUCCCUUCGCUCUAUGGGUCGUCUUUGCUGCUGCCGCUGCCGCUGCUAACGCCAUGAUCUUCCUGCUGGCCCUGUUUGCCAGCAUCUUCCAAACAGCAUUCACUGGUGUAAAUGAACGCACCUUCCUGGCCAUUAAGCCAGAUGGGGUACAACGGCAUCUGGUUGGAGAGAUCAUCCGACGCUUCGAGAAGAAGGGCUUCAAACUGGUGGCCAUGAAGCUCAUGCAGGCUUCCGAAGACUUGUUGAAGGAGCAUUACAUCGCCCUCCGUGAGCGUCCUUUCUAUAACCGCCUGGUGAAAUACAUGAGCUCUGGACCUGUUGUGGCCAUGGUUUGGCAGGGACUGGAAGUGGUGAAGACAGCUCGCGUCAUGAUUGGCGAAACUAACCCAGCAGAUUCCAAGCCUGGGACUAUCCGAGGUGACUUCUGCAUUGAAGUUGGCAAGAAUGUGAUCCACGGGAGCGAUUCGGUGGAGAGCGCCCAGCGAGAGAUCUUGCUCUGGUUCCGCACAGAUGAACUGGCCUGCUGGGAAGACAGUGCGGAUCACUGGAUUUAUGAGUAAGGCAGAGCAGCUGAAGCCCGGCCCCCUCUGCUGCUGUCACAAAGGCACUGCACAAACCCGUCCAUUCCCUUUCAGC